CGUUGCCCCGCAGGCCCUGGAUUACUGCCACAGCAUGGGCGUGAUGCACCGCGACGUGAAGCCCCACAACGUGAUGAUCGACCACGAGCACCGGAAGCUCCGGCUCAUUGACUGGGGCCUGGCUGAGUUCUACCACCCGGGUCAGGAGUACAACGUCCGCGUGGCCUCGCGGUACUUACCCUGACCUGCUCGUGGUCCCUGUAACUGUAACAAAGUGAGUAUGUACGACUACAGCCUGGACAUGUGGAGCCUGGGCUGCAUGCUGGCCAGCAUGGUCUUCAGGAAGGAGCCCUUCUUCCACGGCCACGACAACUACGACCAGCUCGUGCGCAUCGCCAAGGUGCUGGGCACCGAGGAGCUCUACGAUUACAUCGACAAGUACGGCAUCGACCUGGACCCGCGCUUCAACGACAUCCUGGGCAGGCACUCCCGGAAGCGUUGGGAACGUUUCGUGCACAGCGAGAACCAGCACCUGGUGAGCGCCGAGGCCCUGGACUUCCUGGACCAGCUCCUGCGCUACGACCACCAGAGCCGGCUCACGGCGCGCGACGCCAUGGAGCACCCCUACUUCUACCCCAUCGCCAAGGACCCCGCGCGGGGCAGCGCCGGGGCCGGGAUCUCCCCCAGCAGCGCCCCCGCCCCCUCCUCGUCCUCCUCCUCCUCGGGGCUCCUGGGAGGUGGGG